AUGGCAGCGAUGAUAGCACACCCCUCGCUGGCGCCGUCCCGCGCCGCCCCCGACCUGGCCUCGCACACCGAGCCGGCCGCGACAUUCGACUUCACGCCCUUCCUCCGCGCGACGCACCAGCACGCCCUCGCCGCCGACUCGGCGCCCGGCGGGCAGCCGGCGCACACGCACGCGGGCCGCGGCCCCUCGCUCGUGUGCAAGCACUGGCUGCGCGGGCUCUGCAAAAAGGGCGCCCACUGCGAGUUCCUCCACGAGUACAACCUCCGCAAGAUGCCCGAGUGCAACUUUUUCACGCGCAACGGCUACUGCUCCAACGGCGAGGAGUGCCUCUACCUGCACAUCGACCCGCAGUCCAAGCUGCCGCCCUGCCCCCACUACGACAUGGGCUUCUGCCCCCUCGGCCCCGCCUGCGCCAAGAAGCACGUCCGCCGCGCGCUGUGCCUGUUCUACCUCGCCGGCUUCUGCCCCGCGGGGCGCGACUGCCGCGACGGCGCCCACCCGCGGUGGAAGAAGGACCUCGAGCGGCCGAAGCUCAAGGUCGAGGUCCAACGCGAGGAGGAGGAGCUCAAGCGUCAGGAGGAGCUCGAGAGGCAGGCCGCCGGCCUCCAUGAGCCGCAGAGGGACAUGCGAGACGACAGGGGCGGCUUCGGCGACAGGGGGGACAGGAGGCAUGGCCACGGGGGCAGGGGCGGCGGUGGUGCGGGCGGCGGCAAGUGGCGCGACCGCGGGGGAGGUGGAGGCGGCGGCAGGCGGUUCCGCGGUCGUGGACACUGA